UAUUUACGUUAGUUACAGCCAGAAACGGAAGCAAGACGGUCACCACUGACAACAACAUGACAUGAGGAUUUGAAGUUUGCCCCAUGGAGCCGGCCAGUGUGGAGAAUCUUCAUGUCCUCUUUCAGAGUGAUGAUUACAUUGUGGUGAACAAGCACUGGGACAUCCGCAUUGAUAGCAAGAUGUGGUAUGAAAAAAACACUGUGCAGGCCCAACUUCGCCACCGCUUCCCUCAACUAGCAGACCCUAGCACAUACUAUGGAUUCAGGUUCUGUCACCAGUUGGAUUUCUCAACUAGCGGCGCCUUAUGUGUAGCUCUCAACAAGGCUGCUGCUGGCCAGGCAUAUCGCUGCUUUAAGGAGCGUACCGUCACCAAGGCCUACAUUGCUCUGGUACGUGGAUUGGUGGAAAAAGAGAUACAAACACUGGACUACUCAAUUGGCAAGAACACUUCAGAGGGAAAAACACAUAUGAUGUGUAUUGAUGGAACAAACGGUUGUGAAAACGCCAAACCAUGCCAGACUUUGUUGACAGUGUUGGAAUACGGCUUGUAUGAUGGCGACCCAGUCACCAAGGUGCUGCUGCAGCCUCUCACAGGCAGAACCCACCAAUUAAGGGUUCACUGCAGCGCAUUGGGCCACCCAAUCGUCGGGGACUUCACCUACAGCUCAGGAGCCGACGAUGGACCCUUCCGCAUGAUGCUUCAUGCUCAUCUUCUCCACAUCCCUCUGAAACCUGAGCCCAUGCUCGUGUGCGCAGGGGAUCCCUUUCUGCCCUCAGUGGACUCUAAGUGGCUUCCGCAGCGUUCCUUGCGACCCCUGAAGACCACUGUGGACGCCAUGCUGGAGCAAAGGGUGGACGAACAGAGACGAGCGAAGAAGAUGGAGCGAGAACGAGAAAGACAGGAGGAGGAGAAAAGGAGGAACAAAUGCAGAAAAGGAGACACUGAACUGGAGAGGAGGCAGUGUGAGGAGUGGCUAAGAGAAUGGGCUGGUGUCUCAUAGUGUUCCUUAUUAUUAUUGAAGAUUUAUUUAUAUUUUUCCUCAGUGUUUUUGUGAAACAUGCGCUGAGCAUGUAUUUUAUGCACCCUAAUGGAGCUCCAAUAUUUGGCUCCAUGUAAACGUGGCGAAUGACAGUCAAUUGCCACGUUUACAUGGAGCCAAAUAUUCCAAUUACAAUCGGAAUAUUUGUUCAAACCGAAUAAAUGUGUUCCAUAUAAACACCUCAUUCAGAAUGAACAGGCCCAAACCGAAUGGAAUUUCAUUCCGAUUCACAGGGGUGGAAUAUUCCUUUUCCCAAACCGAUUAGAUCGUAAAAUUAUAUGUAAACAGGGAAGCGGAAUGGUGUCUGGUUGCGUUCUUUCUGCGCAUGCUCCGUACUGACGUGGUGACGUCAGUCGGUGACGUAAGUAACGUCACUUGCAACAUGGCUUCCAAGCACACGCACAGCGCACCCACACAACUUUUUAAAUGAACGGCGUAUCAUUCUGAAGUUUUGUUUCCACUCGAAAAGUUAAAACAGCAGCUGAUCUGACGAUCGAUCUCCAUGUUUUGCAACGUGACGCUUUGUUUUGAUUAAUCUGCGCAUGUCAGACGGCAGUUGUCAAACGUCCUUUCGGAAUAAAGGCAGUCACAUGUAAACGCUGGAUCGGAAUAGAUGAAGUGACAUGUAAACAGCUGAUGUGAAAUUUCCAUUCGGAAUGAUUUGAAUCGGUAUGAAUAAAAGUCAGCAUGUAAACGUGGCUAUUGAUGGUAAUAGACGUCCAAUUCAUUUUAACCAGGAAGGUUAGCUGUGAAUGAUCAGUAGAUCAGUCGUAGAGUUACUAUACUAAAGUACCUUUUAGUGUAUCUGUACUGUACUUGAGUACAGUAAGUGAUACUUUUUACUUUUACUUCACUACAUUUUACAGGAGGUAUCUGUACUUUUUACUCCACUACUUUUCAAAUUGUCACCCGCGUUUCACGUUACUUUUGUUUGUUUUCUUUUUUCCUCAUUGUGAAUUGAUAGUUUCGUUUUCAUGCCUCCGGCGCACUCGAUAAGCUCCGUCAAGCCCAUCGACAAGGUGGGGCGACCGGGUAUAUUGUCCCGGGCCUCAGGACCAUAGGGGCCCCUGAAUGACCCAAAUCUAUUUUACUUUACAUUCACAUAUUUCUUUUUAUUUAAAUCAUUGUCUAAUUACAUAUUAUGUUCUACUCAAUACA